UUACAGGAAGAUCUCACGGCGCCUCGAAGCGUUUCUUUACAGACUUUUUACAAGAUCUACCCACACCAGGCACAGGUGGACCUACCUUUGAUACGACUAUAACUAGCAACAUUACCGGUCUUGUGGGAAAAACAGUAAAGUUGACCUGCCGUGUAAAAAAUCUUGGAAAUCGCACGGUAUCCUGGGUCCGGCAUCGGGAUAUACAUCUCCUAACCGUUGGUCGUUAUACGUAUACAUCAGACCAGCGAUUUGAAGCAAUGCACUCGCCACAUGCCGAGGACUGGACCCUUCGUAUACGUUAUGCCCAGCGCAAGGAUUCAGGCAUAUACGAAUGUCAGAUCUCCACGACACCACCAAUUGGUCAUUCCGUCUAUUUGAAUAUUGUGGAGCCUAUCACGGAGGUUAUUGGCGGCCCCGAGUUACACAUCAAUAAAGGUUCCACCAUUAAUUUAACUUGCAUUGUAAGAUUUGCACCGGAACCACCUCCAACCGUCAUCUGGUCGCACAAUCGGCAGGUUAUAAAUUUUGAUUCACCGCGAGGUGGCAUAUCAUUGGUCACCGAAAAAGGUGUGCUGACCACCAGUCGGCUGCUAGUGCAGAAGGCCAUCCAGCAAGACUCUGGGCUUUAUACAUGUACACCAUCGAAUGCCAAUCCGACGUCGGUGCGGGUGCACAUCGUCGAUGGAGAGCAUCCUGCGGCCAUGCAUCAUGGAAACUCUGCGCCCUUGCAGCCGCCGGAAUUAUUUUUACUAGUGCUGCUUUCAUGCGGAUUAUUAUUCUUUUUGGAGUCACCCGCGCAGUUUAUCCAUCGCUCUACCACAUACCACAACACAACCGGUUCAACCACAUCCACGCAAGAAAGCCCAAUCGACUUAAUCAACUGCCUAGAGCAGCAACGUCAUCGACUACACCGAAACCAAGUGGAGAGUAGCAUUUGGCCGCCAGCCACAUAGCUACCUGAAACACAAUGCGGAUGUAUAUACACAAGCAACUUCUAAGUUUCCUAGGGCUCUGAGUUUUUCUCAUGUUUUUAGAUCUCGUUAUUACUAAAUUAAAAAAGAAGUUUACUUAAGCCAACCCAGAAAUUUUGAUAAAUUUUCUUAAUAUAUUAUUGAGUAAUAGGAGUUAUUUAAAUUCUGAAUGUUGGCUUUGAAAUGCAUCAUGUUUGGGAAUGGUGCUCAAUAAAACUGGUACGGUAAUAUACAACACUGAUAUACACACAGACACUUUCAAUCAGAUAUUGUAAGUAAUGCUGUUAGACUAAUUUUUCUAUUUGUCAAUACUUAAAGUAAGUUUCAAAGGUAAUCUUUGUCAGUUAGAGCUUGAAUAUUCGUCUGUUCUAUUUCGCUUCCUCAAGAGAUAACACUUGAUAAGCAAGCAAUACUUUUAGCUUAUACAUUUGUCUAAAGUUGUAUAAUUACAGGUCCCAAAGGCAAUUUACUUUAUUUGUCGUUGUUUCAUCUAGAAUAUAUGUAUGUAUGAAGCUAAAUAUAAGACAAUUUGCGUUCAUAAGAGUUCAUUAUAUGCAGAUAAAUUUACAUAUAUUGAUAUACAUACGUAUAUAAAUAUAUUAAUAUGCAUACGUAUACUCUAGGCUGGGCCCAAAAUAAAUUUGUUGGAAAUUUUAACGGGACACUUCAAUUUUAUUAUCCUACAUAAGAUAUUGCUAAUUGUGGAGCAUGCCCACAUUUGGCAUGAAGAAAUCGUAUAAUUGCGUUGCGUUGAACAUCACCAUACGUACAUGAUGCAAAAAUGUCAGUGAUUUUUGUGUUGACAGAAAAAAAUAAAUACUAUUGAUAUCGAUGCACAGUUUCUUGAGCGUCAGUUAUUUUGUUCAGUUGCGUAUGCACGAACAGUUUGUGCGCAUCGUUGAAAAUUAAAAUGAAAUUAAUCUGAA